CAACAUGAAGGCCUCACUGCGACGGUGUUCUGAUCCGCUACGAUGUCAACACCUAUGGGAUGACAUCACUACCAUCCGCAACCAUAAACAGUUACCAUCAUUUGACAGAACCGCGAUACAUGAGUCGGAUGCACAAUAUGGAAUCUGAUGAAGUCGAAAAACAUCUUGAAGAAUGUGCUAGCGACAACCUAAUUGCUGUGACACGUAAGGUGGGGCAGAAAGGAUCCAAAGUUGGCGUUGAACAAGAAGGAUUCAGACUACCAACACCACCAGAAGAGCCUGACCGUCACGAUUGGUAUUGCUUUGAAUGUCAUAAAGGUGGGGAGGUUGUCUGCUGUUCCAAGUGUUACCGAGUGUUCCACGAGAUGUGCAUCAAUGUAGAGGACCAUCCUUAUGACAAUGAGCCAUUUGUUUGUGUAGUAUGCAAGAAACGUUUAUAUCAACGUAGUGUCAAAAGUCGCAUCAAUAGAGAAGACCUUAAUAUGCUUUUAGCAUUUACAGUUGAACGGCUAAAGGAAAGAGUAAGUAUGUUUUACUAGUUAUAUAGUAUAGUAUACAUCAUACAGCCU